AUGUCAGUUCAUAGGCAUAGCGCUGAAGCUGAGAAAGCCGAAGCUGCUCGCAAGAAGGCAGAGCAUGAUGCCAUGCUCACUGUUGAAGAAGCGUCCCAGCCCUUCAAGAGCAAGGGCACUGGAGCUAAGACCGCCCAGAAUAAGUCUCACGGCCUUGACCUUUCCCAGCUGGAUGCCGAUCCCUUCAGCAAGAAACCCCGGGCCCAUCUGCUCUGA